CGGAGGUUUAACGCGGGAAACUGGAGAAUAGAGGCACUUGGUCACUUUAUCAUCUGUUUGUUUGUUUUAUAAAAUAUCUCCAACGCCGGGAACUACGAUUGCGCAUUUGUAAAGCCAGUAUUCACCCAAAGAAUGGGAGACACUCUUGAGUUUAAUGAGAUUUAUCAAGAGGUGAAGGGAUCGUGGAAUGAUGGCCGGCUGAGGUUCAGCAAGCAGUCUGUGGUCUAUAAAAGUAGUAAGACCGGGAAGGUGGACAGUAUUCCAGCCCCUGAACUCUCUGUGGCCCAGUGGCGGCGAGUCUGCCUGGGUCAUGGAAUCAAACUGGCUACCAGCACUGGACACAUCUACAAAUAUGAUGGCUUCAAAGACACAGAUUUUGAGAAGAUUUCUGCAUUUUUUAAAGCAAAUUUCAAGGUCGAGUUGACUGAGAAGGACAUGUGUGUGAAAGGCAGGAAUUGGGGCACAGCCAAAUUCACAGGGCCGCUGAUGUCAUUCGAGGUGAGUGACAAUCCUGCCUUUGAGAUCCCACUGGCUAGCGUUUCCCAGUGUGCAACUGCAAAGAAUGAGGUGACAGUGGAGUUUCAUCAGAACGAUGAUGCGGAGGUGUCGCUCAUGGAGGUCCGCUUCUAUGUCCCACCCAACACUGGAGAUGAUGGCUCAGACCCUGUGGAGGCAUUUGCUCAGAAUAUUCUGUCAAAGGCAGAUGUAAUCCAAGCCACCGGAGAUGCUGUGUGUAUCUUUAAAGAACUUCAGUGCCUUACGCCAAGAGGAAGGUAUGAUAUUCGUAUCUACCCCACGUUUUUGCACCUGCAUGGUAAAACGUUUGACUAUAAGAUCCCCUACACCACCGUACUGCGCCUUUUCCUGCUGCCACACAAGGACCAGAGGCAGAUGUUCUUUGUGAUCAGUCUAGACCCACCGAUUAAACAGGGUCAGACACGUUACCAUUUCCUCAUUCUCCUCUUCUCCAAAGAUGAAGAUGUCAGCCUCACUCUCAACAUGAGCGAGGAUGAGGUGGAGAAGCGUUUUGAAGGGAAGCUCAGUAAGAACAUGUCUGGUCCACUCUAUGAGGUUGUCAGCAGGGUCAUGAAAGCUUCGGUCAACAGGAAGAUCACCGUACCUGGAAACUUCCAUGGUCACUCGGGAUCGCAGUGUAUCACCUGUGCAUAUAAGGCGAGCUCAGGGCUGUUGUAUCCUCUGGAGAGGGGCUUUAUCUACUUGCACAAGCCUCCGAUUCACCUGCGCUUUGAGGAGAUCUCCUGCGUCAACUUUGCUCGAGGAACCACCACCACCCGCUCCUUUGACUUUGAAAUAGAGACCAAGCAGAAAAACCAGUACACCUUCAGCAACAUUGAGAGGGAGGAAUAUGGAAAACUCUUUGACUUUGUCAAUGCCAAGAAACUGAACAUCAAGAACAGAGGAUUUAAAGAGGGCAUGAAUGGUGCAGAUGGCUACAGUGACUCUGAUGAAGACCAGCAUGAUGCUUACCUGGAGAGAAUGAAACUGGAAGGCAAGAUCAGAGAAGAGGGAGAUGGCAGCGACGAAUCGGAGGGAGAUAGCGAUGAGUCUUUCAACCCUGGAGAAGAGGAGGAUGAAGUUGCAGAAGAGUUUGACAGCAAUGCCUCAGAGAGUGAUAGUGAGGCGGAAGAUGGAGACAGUGAGGAUGAAGGCAAGAAGAAGAAACCUGAAAAAAAGCCCAAGAAAGUGGUCAAGGAGAAGAAAGAGAGGAAACCACGGAAAGAGAAGAAGGUAAAGGACGCUGGUGCUCCUAAGAGGCCGAUGAGCUCUUACAUGCUGUGGCUCAAUGGCAACCGAGAGCGCAUCAAGAAGGAGCAUCCUGGAAUAUCGGUUACUGAGAUCUCCAAGAAGGCUGGAGAGAUGUGGAAACAACUAGGCAGUGACCAGAAAGAGCAGUGGGACAGAAAGGCACAAGAGGCCAAGAAACAAUAUGAGAAAGCCAUGAAAGAGUACAAAGAGAGCGGAGGAGGAGCGUCCACUGUUACUAAAGAGAAGAAAAAGAAAGGAGGGAAGGUGGAAGGUAAGAAGAAGGGUGGAGGAGAAAAUGAGAAAAAGGAAAUCGGCAACGACAGCUUUAAGAGUAAAGAGUUCAUCUCCAGUGAGGAGAGCUCGUCUGAAUCUGACCACGGCAAAGGCAGAAAACGCAAGGCAUCUGAUGAUGAUGAUGAUGAGGAAGAGGAAGCUGCUUCCACACCUCCCAGCUCAGAGGAGGAGUCAGGGUCUGACUGAUAUCACACUGACAGCAUAGACAGUUCCACAACAUCUCAGGUUACACAAACAAAUGUAUGAUGGUUACUUGGACCAAGACCUCCUACUUCCUCUUAAUGUACAUCCCAAGCACAUUUUUACACCUGUUCCAAUCUUUUUCAUUCAAACUCAGAAAUAGACUGGUAACAAUAAGUCCACAUCUCUUAGGAGCAACAUCUGCAAAGCUCUCUGAUACUUUUUCCAGGUUUGAUAGAAACAGACAAAAUUCAGGGAAGUCUGGAUAGAGGGGGGUUCCCUCUUUUUUUAAUUUUUCAAUAUAGAGAAACUGCAGUUCAUUAAAUGUCUUCGUUGUUUUGACAACACAAAUUUUGUACUUUUUAAUUUAU